UGGUGGCACACAUCACAACGUAAAUACAUUCCCCCUGUGGCCUCUCUCUCCAUACACAUAGUAGAUCUCAACGCAGAGUAUCCUCCAUUAACAAAAUCUAGAAAAAGAAAGUAAAGUUCAGAUGGGACAGAAUGGUAACGUGCUGUACUACGAAUCGCCGUCGUCGCCGGCGGCUAAGUCUCCUCCCAAUCGUUCAUCUCUCUUGCAACUAAUCAGCAAAAGACGAACAAGUAUUAUUUUAGCUUUCUUCGUCUGUACAAUCCUCUUAUCAUCAUGGAGUCUCCUUAAUUUCUUAUUGUCAUGGUACGGAUCCGUUAUAACAACUUCGCCGUCGUCUCCAGUUUGGUGGCCGGCGAUCUAUGCUUCGGUGACGGUGGGUUUGAUCUUUGGUGUUUUGGCAAUGGCGGCCGCUUUGAUUGUAGCGGUGCCGGCUACGGUGGUGAUUUGGAUAUCUGUUUUGGUUUUAAUGACUUUUUGUGGGAAGCGGAGGGAGUGGGUGGUGGAGGAGGGGAGGAAGUUGACGGUGGAGAUGAGCCGGACGGUGGGGAUGGUGGUGAUUAAAGAAGGGAACUUGGUGGCUGCUGUGUGUGCUGUUUUUGGGUACUUUGUACUUGUUAGAUAUGGAGGAGUCGAACAUGGUUUGUAAAUUGUAAUUUUGUUUACUAAAACCUUCGUUUUUAAUUGUAUAUAAUUAAUAUAUUCGUUCUUUUAAAAAAUUGUAUAGCUCUAUUUUUGGUA